AUGUGUAUUGACGUCGAGAUGAACUUCAGGAGUUAUGACAACAUCACAGGUGAGUCUAUUGUUGGCUGUAAGUCUGUGAUUAUCCAGAACCAGGUAUUUGUCAUUGUUGCUCAACUCUUUGGUGGUUCCCACAUCUAUAAGUUUGAUGAAGACCAAAGCAAAUUCACAAAGUUCCAGGACAUUGAGGUAUCUAAGAUUUCCAAGCUGAAUGACAUUGAGGCCUUUCAGAUUGGCAAUGACUGGUUCUUCAUCAUCGCUGACAGCUCUAAGGCUGGUCUGUCCACUCUCUAUAAAUGGAACGACAAGGGCUUCUACUCCUACCAGUCCCUUCAUGAAUGGUUUCGUAAUACAGAUGCAAAAUGUAUCAAUUUGGAUGGUAAGGCCCAUCUUAUUCUAGCAAAUCAUUCCCAAGUACCGGUCAUCUAUCGGUGGAGCAGGAGCACUCAGAAAUUUGCCUUGCGGGAGAUCCCUAACAUGGAAGAUGUACUUGCUGUCAAAGCCUUUUGGAUAAAGGAAGAUCUUUAUCUGGCCAUGACCCGGUACAUCGGUGACUCCAAAAUCUUGCAUUGGACUGCUAAGGAGUUUUCUGAGGUUCAGGCCCUUCCUUCAAGAGGCUCCAUGAUCCUGCAGCCUUUUUCCUUCAAAGAAAGGUACUACUGGCUUUGGGAAGCUGAGAAGAAGGUUUUUGAGCAUUUCAAGGAAGUCUACAUCCAGGCUCCACAUUCCUUCACUGUGGUCUUCACUGACCGGAGGGACUUUGUAUUUGCCUCUAGUUUUAAGGGUAGCACACAGAUCUAUGAGCAUAUCAUCAUUGAUCUGAGCCUUUGA